AGGUUGGCUCGAGCGCUGCAUAGCCACUCACAGCCCGUCUACGGCGAGUCGAUGGGCUCAAACGCGCCGUAAAGCUUCGUUCUUACUCGUCGACCUGGCCAGUUGGAAAAAAAUCUCACAAUGGCGAGAUAACGGAGCGAAAUGGGGACCCUAUCCAUUUCAAAGAAACUAUAAUAUCCUUCCAUGUCGCCAGAAAUGCCAACGACGAGCGGUGACAUGCUGCUUUAGACACUUAGAAGCCGAGCAGAAGUGUCGAGGCGGCUGCUUUAUGGAGACUGCUGUGAUGCUACGUAGGCAACUAGGACGACGAGACCACAGCAGCGGGCAGGGGGACAUGGUCUUCUCCUUUUUAUCAUGAGAAAGUGUCCAACUAGUGUCCCGGAGGCUACUACGAAUUAACCGACACGGGUUUUAAAGAGCGCGGCUGUCGAUGAGACAGCGUGAAUAAGCGGCGAGCCAGAGUUGGGUCAAGUUUUGGGGGAAUGGCAGGUCGAAGCAGGAGAGCAUGGUUUAGUGUUCUUCUGGGGCUGGUGGUCGGGUUCACUCUGGCUUCCAGACUCAUUCUGCCCAAGGCGUCGGAGUUGAAAAAAAACGGCCAGAAACGCAAAGCGAGUCCCGCCGGCUGCGGGUUAAACGGGGGUCUCAGGAAGGAGAACAGCGGGGUGUUAUGGGCACCUCAAGAUAACGUUGCACCGGUGACCCAGAACCCCGGCUCCAGAUCCAGUCAUUUCCUAUUCGUCGGUGUCAUGACCGCCCAGAAGUACCUGAAUAACCGAGCCGUCGCGGCUCAUAGGACGUGGGCCCAAUCCAUCCCUGGACGUGUGGAGUUCUUCUCCAGCGAGGGCUCCGACACCUCCAUCCCCAUCCCCAUCGUGGCCCUGAAGAACGUCGACGACUCCUACCCCCCGCAGAAGAAGUCCUUCAUGAUGCUCAAGUACAUGCACGACCACUACCUGGACAAGUACGAGUGGUUCAUGAGGGCGGACGACGACGUCUACAUCAAGAGCGAGCGGCUGGAGGGCUUCCUACGGAGCCUCAACAGCAGCGAGGCCAUCUUCCUGGGCCAGACGGGGAUGGGGGCCCGAGACGAGCUGGGCAAGCUGGCCCUGGAGCCCGGGGAGAACUUCUGCAUGGGGGGGCCCGGGGUCAUCAUGAGCCGCGAAGUUUUGCGAAGGAUGGUGCCCCACAUCCGGGAGUGCCUGCAGGAGAUGUACACCACGCACGAGGACGUGGAGGUGGGCCGCUGCGUGCGCAGGUUCGCCGGCGUGCAGUGCGUCUGGUCCUACGAGAUGCAGCAGCUGUUCUACGAGAACUACGAGCCCAACAAGAAGGGCUACAUCCGGGACCUCCACAACAGCAAGAUCCACCGUGCCAUCACGCUGCACCCCAACAAGAACCCGCCCUACCAGUACCGGCUGCACAGCUACAUGCUCAGCCGCAAGAUCGCCGACCUGCGCCACCGCACCAUCCAGCUGCACCGGGAGAUCGUUCAGAUGGGGCGCUACGGGGCGGCGGAGCCCAGCCGCGAGGACCAGCAGCUGGGCAUGCCGCCCUCCUUCAUGCGCUUCCACCCGCGGCAGCGCGAGGAGGUGCUGGAGUGGGAGUUCCUCACAGGGAAGUACCUGUACUCGUCGUCCGACAGCCAGCCGCCGCGCCGCGGCAUGGACUCGUCCCAGAGGCAGGCGCUGGAGGACAUCAUCAUGCAGGUGAUGGAGAUGAUCAACGCCAACGCCAAGACGCGCGGCCGCGUCAUCGACUUCAAGGAGAUCCAGUACGGCUACCGGCGGGUGAACCCGCUGUACGGCGCCGAGUACGUGCUGGACCUGCUACUGCUGUACAAGAAGCACAAAGGGAAGACCAUGACGGUGCCCGUCAGGCGGCACGCCUACCUGCAGCAGACCUUCAGCCAGAUCCAGUUCAGGGAGGAGGAGGAGCUGGACGCCAGGGCGCUGGCCAGCCACAUCAACAAGGAGUCGGACUCCUUCUCCUUCCUGUCCAACUCGCUGAAGAUGCUGGUGCCCUUCAAGCUGGCCGCGUCGGGCCAGGACCCGCGGGAGACCAAGGACGAGAGGGUCAACAUCCUGGUGCCGCUGUCGGGGCGCUACGACAUCUUUGUGCGCUUCAUGGCCAACUUUGAGCGCGUGUGCCUGAUCCCCAACCAGAACGUGAAGCUGCUCAUCCUGCUGUUCAGCACGGACAACAACACGGAGCGGGUGAAGCAGGUGGAGCUGAUGAGGGAGUACCACAUGAAGUACCCGCGCACAGAGAUGGAGAUCAAGCCGGUGGCGGGCUCCUUCUCCCGGGCCCUGGCGCUGGAGGUGGGCUCGUCGCACUUCUCCAACAGCUCGCUGCUCUUCUACUGCGACGUGGACCUGCUCUUCACCGCCGACUUCCUGGGGCGCUGCCGGGGCAACACGGUGCGGGGCGAGCAGACCUACUUCCCCAUCAUCUUCAGCCAGUACGACCCCAAGGUGGUGUACGCGGGCAAGGUGGCCAACGACAACCACUACGUCUUCACCGCCAAGACGGGCCUGUGGCGGAACUACGGCUUCGGCAUCGUGUGCGUGUACAAGGGCGACCUGGUGCAGGCGGGGGGCUUCGACACCUCCAUACAGGGCUGGGGGCUGGAGGACGUGGACCUCUUUAAUAAGUUUGUCCAGUCGGGGAUCAGGCUGUUCCGGAGCACGGACACGGGCAUCGUGCACGUGCACCACCCGGUGACCUGCGACCCCAACCUGGAGGCCAAGCAGUACAAGAUGUGCCUGGGGUCGAAGGCGUCGUCGCACGGCUCCACGCAGCAGCUGGCGGAGCUGUGGCUGGAGAAGAACGACAACGGCUUCCGCCGGCUGGCCAGCAGCCCCAAUAACGGCUCCGUUAGGACAGCGUGAGAACCAGCCAGGUCCCUCCUACCGGCAGCACGGACUGGACCCUGACUGGACUGAGCUGGCCUGGGCUGGGCCCGUGAGCUCCGGCGGUCCCAGAACUCGCUCCACGUGGUGUCACACGCUUCCUAAUUUAUUCGUUCCUGAAAAAAUAAAAUGAAAGACUUCCCACGGAUAUGUUUUCUAAAAAAUAAAAAGUAUUUUUCAUUUGUCUUUUUCUUUUGGUUUUGUUUUUCGAGGACUCUUACGAAAGACCAAGCCACAACGAACCUUGUGACUACAAGUGUAGAAGGGGGGAUUUUCUGUAAUGAAGAGCUGAAAAGACGUUAAUCGCUACAGUACCUGAUGAGCCUGAUGCCAGGGGGACCGCGAGGGCCCCUCAGUGAGGUACCUCGGUGAGGUCCCUGGGCGAUCAAACAGAAUGUGUGCAGUCUGCCCUCCAGACGGCGGGGCCAACGGGCGCUAAUAGGGGCUUGAUGACGGCAUCACUCACCCGGCACACCAUCAUUGUCAUCGUUAAGUAUUACAUUUGUCCGGUGUGAGUGAAACGGACACGUGUCCAUGAUUUCUAUGACCAGCAGUGCUCUAGAGAUAACUCUCCAUGUUGUCAAUGUUUACAAGAGAGGUUAUUACCAAUGUUUCAGUGAUGGAAAAACAAUUACAUAAGAGUACAACCCAUCAAAGUACCCCACAGAGGGUUCCAUUUUGAUAUUUUGUUGAUUUGCAAUAAUCCUUGGUUGGUUUUGUUUUAUUGGUUUGAGUAACACGGUAACAUUGUUAGCGCUAUUCCAGGUAUAGUUUCAUAUUAUCAUUCAUUUCUGUGAACCCACCUGCUGGAUCUAGGCUAGUAUUUGCAAGUCAUCCUCAGCUUUCUAAUUUAUUGAAUAUUCAGGCACCAUUCCUUGCUCUUUGACUGUUAAGUUAUGUAUAUUGGAAAGAUUGUAUAACCAUCUCAAGUUAUUUUUAUUUCUUUUGGGAUAGUUUAUUUUCCUUGUUUUUUUUUGUGAACUCGUUAUCACCAAAGAGUUUUGCACAAUUUGCGCGUGUGUGUGUGUGUGUGUGUGUGUGUGUGUGUGUGUGUGUGUGUGUGUGUGUGUGUGUGUGUGUGUGUGUGUGUGUGUGUGUGUGUGUGUGUGUGUGUGUGUGUGUGUGUGUGUGUUUCGGGAAUGAAUGAAUGGUGCGAGUGAACCCAAGCAAGCCCUAUCCCACGCCUCCGAUCAAUCGUUCCAAUCGAUCAAUCUUUUUUUAUAUAUUUUUUUGGGAGACUGUAAAUAUGAGUCCUGAGUCACUUCCCGGGACCAGGUCAUGUGACACGAAGGCUCUCGCAGGCCAGGUCAUGUGACACGAAUGCUCUCACGAGGGCCAGUUCAUAUCACACGCAUAAACACGCGCACACACACUCUGUGAUAUUCUCUCUCUGAUAUCUGCAUUUCUUUCAUGUUGAAAUGAAUCUGUUGUGGCUGGACCGCAGUCAAAUCAACUGUCGUUCCCUGCACUGCUCCCACCGGCCCGUCUCCGUGGCUCUGCGCACGCAGCAGAGAAAGGACUCUUCUCUCCCCACCUUUGAGAUGGUUUCUAAUAAUAGAGUGGCAGGCUUGAAUGUGUUCCAUGCGUUCCCUUGGGCCCUGGUAUGUGCGAGGCCCCACAGUCUCAGCAUAGCGCUCCGUUUAGUGACCGUUACCCUUCUGUAGUUCAGUCCUAACCGAUGAAUGGCUAAUUUAUAAGACAAAUGCAAUAGUAUGAAUGACUCCGCUCUCCGUUCAUAGUGUUUUUACUUUCACAGGCUUUUUAUAUUAAUUUCUGUUCUUUAACCCUGUUCAUCUGCGGGGAAGGUUUUAUAUUUAAAAAAAAUAAAACUGGGGAAAAAUGUGUAUCAAACUCUGCUUCCAUUUUGUGUUUUUUUUUUGUCUGGAUAACUUAGAAAGAAUACUGGAUUACUGUUGUUUCUGCACCCUUUAAAAAAAAAAAAGUUAGGUUUGAGGCCAACUUAUGACAACAAAGUUUUUGUUAAUUGACAUAGAAGUUGCAACAUAUUUUCAGAUGACAUCACAUAAUCAUAAAUACAGGAUGUUGGGAAGAUCCCAGGGGGAAGUUGAAGUGACUAGAUUCAGAUGUGAAAAGAAUUGAAUCAAUCAUGUGUUUCAUCGAGCUGACUAUUUGGGGAAGAACAGAUUUGCCAAAAUAAGCCUAACCCUAACCCUGUAAUUGGGGGUUUCUGUUAAAUCAAAACUAAUGAGCGGAUUGGUGCCUUGCUGACAUAAAUUGCACUCUGCUAAUUGAACGCUUAGAUUAUGGAAAAUAUGAAUGAUCUAGUUUUUAAGAUCUCCGGUCUCCUGCCUGUCAGUUUGUGGGUUUCCGUUUUCCUUAUUGCUGAACCAUCCUGACACCAGCCAGCCUCGUAUCUAACCGAGAACGGACCACCUCGUGUCUCUCCCUCCCUCAGACGGUUUUCUACUCCCAACUGUGAUAUUUUGUCGAUAAUUCAUAAAGAACUGGGGGAAUGUUAAGUUGUUAAGCUGUUUAGUGUUAAAUGUCCCAGUGCAUUAAUGCCUCACCAGCACCUUGGAGAAUCUGGCAAAGUAGCAGUUCACAAUGUAUACAACAGUAGAUCGUGAAAAAUGAAGUGUCUUCCUAGUCCAUUCCACGCAAGGCCCAAAGAGGCUUUUAAAACUCUGAAUACAGCGUUUUUACUGGUGGAAAGCCCCAUUAGUGUGGACUGACAGCCAACAAAGAGCUAAUAGCCAUGCAGUGCAACAUGUCUCUGGUGUAGAGCAGCCAUGGCCUGUUUAUGGGAAGCAAAGGUUUGGUUAUUAGGCCAUUUACCAAUCUGCCCAAAGACUAGUAUUAUUAAAUCUUCAUACCAAAUUGUAUUAUACCACUUAAUAUAGUUAUAUUGCCUACAUAGUCUUCAGCUUCACAGAACACAGGACAUAUUAACCUUGUUUUCAAUGAAUAUUUCAUGUAUAAUGUAUGCACAAAACUGUGCAUAUAAUGUAUGGCACAAAUCUGUAUACACAUGUUCAAUGUUUCAAAACAUGUUUCUAUUCACAAAAUGCCCGAAUUCCACUCCAGGUUGACCGUCCCUCUCAGUCCAGCUGUCAUAAAUGUGAUCCUGCUGUUGUCCCUCUUCAAGGAGGGGUUCCUGGACCCUCAGGAAGCCCAUACUGGGUCAAUAAAACGGGCCUCUGGUGCCAAUGUUGCAGUGAGUCAAGAUUCUGCUUCCCUCAAACCGAAACAACAGCACAAUAUCGACCUUGAGCAACACGUCCACGUCCACGUUUCGGUGUG